UGGCUCAUCUCUCAAACUGGUUCUUAAAAUUAGCCAGGUUCUUCUUUGAUCGCUCCACAUUCUUCAUUGAGGUAUCCAACAGCUUCUGACAUUCUUUGGAAAGACCUUUCAGGUUAUCUUGGAAUUGUAGGACUGACUCCUUUUUCACCUUAUAGAUCUCAUCUAGAGAAACAAAUGAGUGAUUCUUGUGGUUAUCACUAAGAAGUGCUCAAUUCGAUCAUCAGAGGAUGUCUCAUUCCUUUCAAUAAUACUCAUCAGGGAGAUUAUGAAUGGGACAACCGACCAUUUUGGGUACGGGAAUAAUACCCCUACAGUUGGGGCAAUUGACGGUCUUUUUAUUGUUAAAACAUGGAUGAAUUCAGUCAGUACACCAUAUACAGCUACAUUUAGGUCACAUUUUAUGGUCCUUAUCGACUUGAUCCUUACAGAUCUGACACACGAUCAGAUCCUCCAGGUUCAAUUUCGCAUUAACACUCACAGCCUGUGAUUUAGGACUUGUAUGAGCUUCCUCAGCUUCCUUCUGCUUGCUCAUUUCCUUAAGGUCCCUUUUCUUGGUCGAGCGAGUCUUUUUUUUCAUAUUUAUUUGUAA